GCAGCCCGACAUUGAGCUCCCAGCCGCGAUACGCCAGUCGCCGCGCGACACUGGGAUCCCGCCGCCGUGUGCGGGGCCAGGGAGCGGGGGGGCCGCGCGGCUCCGUCCCUUGGUCCGUACCGUGCCCCUGCGGUAUAGGGGAACGGGGGGCGCUGCCGCUCUCGGUGAUUGAUCCGCCUCUCCGAGCCCGGAGUAAGAUGCUCGCCCGCUCGCUGCAGGAUGAGGCGUGACUGAAAGGACCCGUCCCCGCUGGAAGAGGGAGCGGCGCCCCGCGUCUCCACGGCCGGUCGGGGGGCCUCUCUCUGCGGGGGAUGUGCCACCGGUGCUCCCCCAUAGCUGCUGCUGCCGCCGCGCUCUGGGAGCCUCAUGCCCCCGCCGGUGAAACGGCUUGCUCCGCCUCCGCCUGCUGCUCGGGAAAAUGAAUCGAUACCCCCCAUCCUGCUGCUGCUGCCGCCGGCGGGGGUGUUAAAGGGAGAGGCGGCGGGCAGCGCUGCGCAUAACGGCGGCCGCAUCCCGCGCUGCACCUGACAUACCCCGAGCUCGCGCUGUCCUGGGGCUUUGCUUACCCGGGGGAUAAACGCUGCUGCAGGGUCCCUCGCCCCCGUGGGAGGCGAGCGUCUCCCCUUCUCCCCGCGCAAGGAGAGUCUGGCUGGCUGUGGGGAGGGGAUUUGCUGUCUGCUGCUACUUCCGAGGCCAUCUCCUCUGGCAGCGGGCUGGAGUUACUCUAGGGCUGGAGAUACAAGAGAAGACCGUGCUGAGAGAGGAUAUGGGAGAAACCCCUCUCGGGCUUCUUCCUUAGGACGCUUCGUCUCCUUCUCCUUCCAAAGGGGAUUGUGAUUUCUUUGGGUACAACCCCACAUGCCUAUGGACUCCCGUUGUGGUAGGCGCUGACCCGCUAGGGCAGUGCUUAAGCCCUGCUAAUAGGAGCGCGGGGCCACUUGGAUUUCUCUGAAACGCCUGGGAUAUUCAAGCAGGGAAACGUGGUGACCCAGACUCGUGUCAGCAUCAAUAAGGGAACGUCGGACUCGGACCAGAGGGGUAUAGAACCAACAGCGUGGUGGAGAGGCGAGGAAAAUCCUCUGGGAAUCGUCUAUUGAGCAACUUCGGUGCAAGUCUCCGUUGGGCAUCAUGGGGGAACAACCCAUCUUCAGCACCCGAGCUCAUGUCUUCCAGAUUGACCCAAACACUAAGAAGAACUGGGUUCCCACCAGCAAGCAUGCUGUUACUGUGUCCUACUUCUAUGACAGCACAAGAAAUGUCUAUAGGAUAAUCAGCUUGGAUGGCUCAAAGGCAAUAAUUAAUAGCACUAUCACCCCCAACAUGACAUUUACUAAAACAUCCCAGAAGUUUGGCCAGUGGGCAGACAGCAGGGCGAAUACUGUCUAUGGCUUGGGAUUUUCCUCUGAACAUCAUCUUUCAAAAUUUGCAGAAAAAUUUCAGGAAUUCAAAGAAGCUGCACGAUUAGCAAAGGAGAAAUCCCAAGAAAAGAUGGAGCUAACAAGUACACCUUCACAGGAAUCAGCAGGAGGGGACAUUCAAUCUCCUUUAACACCAGAAAGCAUUAAUGGAACAGAUGAUGAAAGAACAACUCCAGAAGUGACACAGAACUCGGAACCAAGGGCUGAACCAACCCAGAAUGCAUUGCCAUUUACACAUAGUUCGACAAUCAGCAAGCACUGGGAGGCAGAACUGGCCACACUUAAGGGUAACAAUGCCAAGCUCACAGCAGCUCUGCUGGAGUCCACUGCCAAUGUAAAACAAUGGAAACAACAGCUUGCUGCAUAUCAGGAGGAAGCAGAACGUCUACAUAAGCGGGUGACUGAGCUGGAGUGUGUGAGCAGUCAAGCAAAUGCAGUCCAUACACAUAAAACAGAAUUAAACCAGACAAUACAGGAAUUAGAAUCCACAUUGAAGAAGAAAGAAGAGGAAAUAGAAAGAUUGAAACAAGAAAUUGAUAAUGCCAGAGAGCUUCAGGCACAGAGGGAUGCUUUGACCCAGAAGCUCCAGGAAGUAGAAAUUCGAAACAAGGACCUGGAAGGACAGCUGUCUGAUCUAGAGCAACGUCUGGAGAAAAGUCAGAAUGAGCAAGAAGCUUUUCGCAAUAACUUGAAGACACUUUUAGAAAUUCUUGAUGGAAAAAUCUUUGAACUAACAGAAUUACGAGAUAACCUGGCCAAGCUAAUAGAAUGCAGCUAAAGAAAUGGGAUUUCAGUGCCAAUCAUCUUAAAGAUGCACUGUCUCUCUUCAUAGGACUAUGUUGGGCUCUGCAUCAAAGUUGCACAAAAUUAGAAAAAUGCUCCUCCAAGAGGGCCUAUUUUAAAUUUGAACAGUAUAUUUCAAUGUAAAAUUUAGAAUUCAUCUUGUAGCUAGUUAAAAAAGAAAACACUUGAAUUACAAAUUACCUCCAUGUAUAUUAUUGGCCAUAAAUAACUUGAAGAAAGAUAUUAACAGUAAUUAAAUGCAAUGAUUUUCUAAUUAUUAGCCAGUGGAAGAAUUAGCAGUGUCCCAGGUCACAUCCCCUUUUUGUGUUAGACACAAUGUAGAUUAUCUGCUUUUUUAUUUAAUUAAGAUAUCUAAUUGAUGUGUUUUGUGCAAAAACUUAGUGAUGACAGCCCUGUCUUUUGUUGUAAUCUUAAUAAUUUCUCAGGAUAUUUUGCACUGUUGAGAAACAGUGCCAUUACCAAUUAAUUCUUGCCAGGAGUGAGAGAGAAUUGCAUCUUUAAUUGAAACAUAGUUAAUAGAACUGCUUGUAUAGAGUUCUUCCUUUUUUUUAUACUGGAAGAUACUGUAUUUCUUUAUGAAGUUCACUCUGGUGUUCUAUAAUAUUGUCCAGUGUAUGGUUUACUUUCCAUAUUAAUUCCAUGUAUUUACAAUGAGAUACUGUCUCCCAUUUUAUUACACAUUUUGAAGCCAACCAAUGAAGGCAGGUGAGUUCCUCAGAAAAAAAGUAUUUUUAAAUUUAAAAUUUGACAUACACAGCUAAAUAUAGAUAGCCAGUCAUUUAUUGUCUGGCCAUAUUAAACAUCAAAUAUAAUUAGAAUGUGCAGUUACUUGAAGAUGUUUUAUUAGCCUAUUUUGCAAGAAAUCUUUUCUGAAUGAUCAGUGCAUUUCAGUUUUGUGUGAUAAUGGCUAGUGGAGAACACUGUUUAUUGAUCAUGUUAAGGAGAUGGCGCUAUUACAAGGGGAUUAUCUUUACGUUGAACUUGCCCAGCCAAGAGAAAUGUUUUUAGAAGCUGUGUAGUCAUAGCAAAUUGAAAUGGAGACAUGUUUUCUCUGUAUAGUUCUUCACACCACAUCUUUAUCAAAACCACACCAGGCAAUAUUCUGAACUGUUAUAGUUGUUUAAAAAGAGGAACUGAAUUCACUUAUCCUCAGUGAAUGGGUUUUAAAGUUGUUUUGAUGUAAUUUUAACAGACUUUUGGCAAACAUGCAUUUCGCUAUAUAAUAUAUUUAUUUUAAGAAAAGUCAUUGAAAGGUAAGCCAAGUGUUAUAUGUUUGCUUAUUGAAUGGGAAGUGCAUCAAAGUAUGUUGUUGCCAUAAAUUGCCUGCAAUGUUGGAGAGGGUUUUUUUUUUUUUAAAUGUAUGAAUGAGUAUCAGACUCAAGAGUCUCAAGAUGCACUGAGUUUUUGUUUGCGCCCAAAAUGAAUUUGAAUGUUAAAUACAAAAUCCAGAUGAUUACUAAAUUUGUAUAACAGACAAUUUUCUCCACUUUUACAGAGUGAUAUUCAAAACUAGAAAACGUAGGUCUGGUUUGUAUGUGUGUGUACCGUAUAUAUAAUACACACAUUCUAAUUUACAUUGGAAAGAGAGAAAAUACCUGGUUUGUUUAUAAAAUAUCAUUUUUUCUUUACAAGUGAUUUAUCAGGUUCCCCUGACAAGUCAGGAGAACAGUUUAGAUCAAAUACUAAACCAUCAUGUAUUAUACUAUAUGUACUGUACACACCAUUUACAUUUCCUUCAUAUUUUUAGGGUAUUUUCUCACCUAUUUUAUUUAUUAAGAGGGGGAAAAGCUUAGUUCAGCGUGCGUGUGGUUGAAAGCUUUCUGUGGUGAGUUACAUAUUUUUUAUGUGGUGGAUGUUAAAUGAUGAUGAUAUGGGUAACUUCAUCAGGUGAGCAGAAAUCACCAGAUUUUAAUUUACAUGAAGAUAUUUGGGGCUGAUUCUCUUGUGAUUUAUACCAGUGAUUACACACAGAAGAAUCUGCAAUGAUGUCAGUGGAGUUACACUGGUUAAAACUGGUUUAUGUGCCAGGAGAAUCAAGCCCAUUAAAACUGGAUGGGCUUAAUUAGGAGGAAGUAAAAGGAAAAACAAUAGCAAGUUGAUAGGAUAAUAAAUGUGAUAUUAUUUAAAAUUAUAUUAUCUGAACUUUUAAAAAUAUCAUUUAAAUGUGGGAAAAUAGCUUACAAAAAUAUUUCCACUUAAAUUUUUUGUAUACGUGUGUUACAUGAGUAUUUUUAUGUAUACAUACAUACACAUAUGUAUAUAUAGUACAUGGGAAAAAUUUAGAUGUGCACAUUUUUAAUAUUUUCCUAGUGAAAUGAAAUUUAAAAUUGGAAAAUAAUAUUUGAAAAUUUCUUUUCUCAUAAAGUAGAGAUGCUUGAUUUCAUUUUUUAAAAUAAUUCAAUCUACUGAGGGCUGCACCUUUGAAUUCCCAAGUAGUUGUCAAACAUGGAUAUGGGAUAAGGUGGACAUAAGUGCACAUAUAAAUAAAAUCUUAUUGUUAAGAGUAUUUUAAAUGUUCAUUUUCAGUAGGUGAGUGUGUAGAAAUUGUAAUCUAAAGUGCAUAAUUAGGUGGUUAUACCUACUGUAGCCUCUCCACUUCUGUAUUAAGAUAUUUGAAACAUUAAUUUUUCCCCAGCGACAGGUAUUAUACAUUGUAUCCAGGGGCAGCUCUAGGCACCAGCAAAGCAAGCACAUGCUUGGGGCAGCCCAUUUGCAGGGGCGGCAGGGAUCCAGCAUGGGAGCUGAGAACCAACAGGGGGCCCUGGGAGCUGUAGUUCCUUGGUUAGCUCCCUGCCUAUAGAGCCAGCCCUGGAGCAGGGAAAGAACUACAUUUCCCAGCAUUCCUUUGGCCACUACCAACAGGAAAGAGGGGGAGGGAGUGAGGAAGCUGAGACCUCAUUCUACAGCCUGCUUUGAAUGGAGAGCUGCACUGGGAAGGUAGGGAUACCAUAUUUUAACAUUCAAAAAAUAGGACACUCCACGGGGAGGGAGGGUAGCCCCACCCUGCCCCCAUCCACUCCCUCCGACUGCCCCCCACAGAAACCCCAACCCAUCCAACUCCCCUGCUCCCUGUUCCUUGAUCACCCCCCCCCAGGACCCCUGCCCCAACUGCCCCCCAGAUCCCACCCCCUAUGUAAGCCCCACUGGUCCUUGUCCCCUGAGACACCCCCCCAAGUUCCCCACUAGGACUCCACCCCCUACCUGUCUCUUGACAAACCCCUGGGACUCCCAUGCCUAUCCAACUGCUGCCUGUCCCCUGAGUGCCCCCCCGAACCUCUGACCCAUCUACCCCCCCAUCUCCCUGCCCCUGACUGCCCCCCCGAACCUCCGCCCCAUCCAACCCCCCCACUCCCUGUCCCUUGACUGCUCCCCCGGAACUCCCUACCCCUUUUCCAACCUCCUAGCCCCCUUACCAUGCCACUCAGACCAGUGUGUCUGGCUUCACGCAGUGCCAGACACGCUGCUGCAUACAUGCUGCCGUGCUCCCCUGCGGAGCCACAGCCCCCUCCCCCCCCCCAGCACCUGCCUUCCAGAUUUGAUAACCUCAAAAUUCAGGAGUACUCAAGCUCAGUUACUUCAUUUCUCCCAAAUCAAAUAUACUGAUCCACUGUAACGUGCUGUAGAAAAAGUAGGAUAAAAUUGAGCAAGAAAUGCUUCCCAGUGGUUAUUAGGACUGGAAUUGCUAUUUUCAGCACCCAUUGCCUUUUUUGUUUGUUUGUUUGUUUGUUUGUUUAAAAGGAAUACAGUGAUAUCGCAUUGGGAAAUUCCCCAUAAAAAGAAAGAGUGGAACAAAAGAAUAAUAAAGGCACCUCAACUUUCCCUCAUUUAUGGAGGACAGUCUUAUAAUAUGCAUCCAGAUAUCCUCCAAUCACACAAGCUGAAAAUUGUUCCACUUUACUGCAGUUCUGUAACCAUAUGGGAACCAAUUCUGUCUGUGUUCUGUGCACAUCCAAAAUUCCUGCUGAAUGACCUGCCCUGGGAGCGAGUUACCAGUGACCCAGGGCUGCAGCGGAAGGAGGGUGCAGGUGGUGGGGGAAGAUCCCAGGGCUGGGGCGGCAGGAGGUGUGUGUG